GAGCCCAGCGCGGAGAAGAGCGGCGAGCGAGGCGGGGAUGGCGGCGCGGCUCGCUGCGCGCGGGGAACCGGGGGCUGCCGGCCGACGCCCAUGGCUGCUGCUGGCGCCGCUGCUGCUGGCGCCGCUGCUGGCGCGGCCCGCCGAGGCCCUGGUGGAGGGGCUGUACUGCGGCACGCGCGACUGCUAUGAGGUGCUGGGCGUGAGCCGCUCGGCCAGCAAGGCGGAGAUCGCGCGGGCCUACCGCCAGCUGGCCCGGCGCUACCACCCCGACCGCUACCGGCCCGAGCCGGGCGAUGGCCCCGGGGGCGCGCCGCCGAGCGCCGAGGCUUUCCUGCUGGUGGCGACCGCCUACGAGACGCUCAAGGAUGAAGAAACACGGAAAGACUAUGACUACAUGCUGGAUCACCCGGAAGAAUACUAUAGCCAUUACUAUCACUACUACAGCAGACGCCUAGCCCCGAGAGUGGAUGUUAGGGUGGUGAUUUUGGUCAGUGUGUGCGCCAUUUCCAUGUUCCAGUAUUUCAGCUGGUGGAACAGCUACAAUAAAGCUAUCAGCUACCUAGCCACGGUGCCCAAAUACCGCAUCCAGGCAACAGAGAUUGCCAAGGAGCAGGGACUGCUCAGGAAAGCCAAGGAGAAAGGGAAAAACAAGAAGUCCAAAGAAGAGAUCCGGGACGAGGAGGAGAGCAUCAUCAAGAACAUUAUCAAAAGUAAGAUAGACAUAAAGGGGGGCUACCAGAAACCCCAAGUCCGGGACCUCCUCCUGUUUCAAGUCAUCCUGGCUCCUUUUCACCUGUGCUCGUACAUAGCUUGGUACUGCCGGUGGGUCUAUAACUUUAAUAUCAAAGGCAAAGAGUACGGGGAGGAGGAGAGACUCUACCUCAUCCGCAAGUCUAUGAAGAUGUCCCAGUCCCAGUUUGACAGCCUGGAGGACCAUCAGAAAGAAACGUUUCUUAAGCGGGAGCUUUGGAUAAAGGAGAAUUACGAGGUCUACAAGCAGGAGCAAGAGGAAGAGCUAAAGAAGAAGUUGGCCAAUGACCCUCGGUGGAAGCGCUACCGGAGAUGGAUGAAGAACGAAGGGCCUGGACGGCUAACGUUUGUGGAUGACUGAAGAUGGAUGGGAGGCUGCCCUGCCACACCGGAAUUGAGAUAGUGUUUUCACAGCAGUUACGGGGAGCUGGGUCUGCUGCUCUCAGUUCAUGAGAGUCCAAGUUCAUGAGAGUCCGAUUAAACAAACUAAUGUAGAAAUUCAACUUUCCCAUCAAACUUUAUACAAGAGACAUUUAUGAUGUUCAAUUUUUAUAAUCUAUUUGUGGAUUUUGUUAAAAAAGAUUUGACAUGGGGAUUUAUUAGUUGCCAUUUAAAAUUUUUAUAUGUUUAGUUAAAUUUGACAUGAAAUUUAUUAGAUACCAUUUAAAACUUCUGUGUGAAGUGUUCCUUCUUCAAGAGUGUUUCCUUAUGUUUUCAUAAUGCUACAUUUUUCUGCUUUCCUGGUCUCUAUUUUUACAAAACAACAACAACAACAAUUACAACAGCACUUGAUCAUAUUAUUGUGUCUUUCUGGACAUACAUUUCUUCAGGAGAA